CUGGGAACGACAUCAUCCCUGCAGCAUGGCGACUUCGAUCGAGCGCAUCCUCGGCCGCAAGACAGAGCGCGGCCGCGUCCAUUACCUCGUCCGCUGGGAAGGCCAUGGCCCCGAGCAUGACACGUGGGAAAGCCGCAUCGACCUGCGCGAGGACGGCCACUUUGAGCACAUCCGCGUCUACGAGCGCAUGAUGAAGGAUGCCAAGGAAACGAGCACGCCCAGCGAGGGCUCGGCCGAGGCGGAGAAGCAGCCCAAGGCGGAGGCCAAGCCCCGUGGCCGAUCGCGUAGUACCAAGUCCAAGAGUCCGUCGCGCGCACGCAGCCGCAGCGUCUCCAAGAAGGAUACCGUCACGUCGCCUCGCGGGCGCUCCAAGUCGCGUGGCAACUCGGUGCAUCGCGAGCGCAAGAAGCGCACGCCGGUUGAGACACCAGUGGCCUCGGAGACCUCGGUAGCCCCCGAAGCAUCGAUGGUAUUGGAAGAGUCCAAGCCCGUCGCGCCCGUCGUCGUCUCUACAUUGCAGGAGGAGACGCCUGUGGAAGCGACGCCAGCUACGGUCCACGAGGUGCCCAAGGUCCAAGAGGUGGUCGAAAACAUCUUUGCGGACGCACCAGUCGCCCGUGGUCUUCCUUCGCUGCAUACCGCGACAGACUCUGCCAACGAUGCAGACGACGAAAACGACAUCUUCAACAAGGAAGCGGUCGCGCAGCAGAUUCAAGCCAUCUCGAGCGGCGAGUACGACAACCUCUCCAAGGUCAUUGACGCGCUGCGGCAACGCGGCUGGCUGUACCGGUUCAUUGGCUUCCUUGUCGUCUUUCUCGCGAUGCUCGCCAACGUUCUCGUGCCCGAAAUCGAAAAGAACUUUGCCAUCUCCGAGUCGUCGAACCUCGUGCUCUCGAUCUUGACCAAGACCAACUCGCUCCCGCCGCUCAUCUGCCUCGUGCUUGUGCUGCAUGGCCGCAGCACCAAGUCGCUCUCCAAGUGGAUCGCGAUCUGCCUCGUGUGGCGCACGGCCGCCGAGGUCGUGACGCAGCUGCCCGACACCACGGGCGUGUACGCGACCGUCGUUGCCAUGUGCAUUGCCGUCGCCGAUCUCAGCGCGUUCCUCGCCACUUGCUCGUGCGUCGGCGGCCACUGCGAAGACAUCUUUACCCAAACGCUUUGCGUCAUGGGCUUCCUCCUCCUCCUCGCAGCCGACUGCAUAUUCUUUCUCGAGCUCCUGCACGAGUCGAGUGCGCGCUUCCUCGUCAUGGCCUUUGGCGCGAUGAUCCUCUCGUUCAGCUCUGUCCUCGCCGAAGCCGACGACGCAUAA